CUCACAUGGACAUUACUUGUGUGUUUUGCUAUUAUUUCUCAAAUUCAAUAGUGUUUUUCACCUUCUUCAUCAAAGUAUUGCUUUCUUUGGCUCCAUUUAUUUUUCAGCCCAGAUCAAUAAGAAAAGCAGGGACUUGUGGUGUGAAAAAGUGUUUACCCCUUUCCUGAUUUCUUAUUUUUUGUAUGUUUGUCACAUUUGUGUUUCAGAUCAGCAAACAAAUUUAAAUAUUAGUCAACGACAACACAACUGAACACAAAAUGCAGUUUUUAAAUGAAACUUCUUAUUAUUAAGGGAGAAAAAAAUCCAAACCUACAUGGCCCUGUGUGAAAAAGUGAUUGCCCCCCCCUGUUAAAACAUAACUGAGAUUAAUUGAGAUCUAUCAGUCUGCAAAAGGUUGUAAAGCCAUUUCUAAAGCAGUCAUCUCCAGCAAACCACAGGGAAAACCAUUAUCCACAAAUGGAACAGUGGUGGACCUUCCCAGGAGUGGCUGUCCAACCAAAAUUACCCCAAGAGCACAGCGAUGGCUCAUCCAAGAGGUCACAAAAGACCCCACAACAACAUCCAAAGAACAGGCCUCAUUUGCCUCAGUUAAGGCCUUGGCCAUGCUGUCCUUUCGGCCUACCCUCCUCCUGGCCUUGUACCAACUCAUAGUCCUUGCGUAUUUGAGCGACGGGGCGUACUAUGGACACAAGCAGCACGCUCAAGCGUACCAGCAGCAGAUGCAACAUCUCCAACACAUGGGCAUGGGCAAUGAAGGCUACCCUCAACAGCAGUACCUUGGCAAAGAUGUACCCUACAUGCAGUAUCCCCAUUACAGGAAGGAACUCCCCCAGAUGCCCAUGCUUAAGGGCAAAGAAAAGGCCCGCAAAGGGGGUGGAUAUAAUGGUGGACAAGACAAAGGUCAGACAAUCCCAAGUGGUGCUGAGGGAAUUCCCCAUGGAGAGCCAGGUCCAAUUGGGCCACCCGGACCAGAAGGACCUCCAGGUCCUCCUGGUCCUCAAGGAAAUGGUCAACCAGGACCCGCAGGGCUACCAGGACCUCCCGGCCUUCCAGGAGUGCCUGGAAUAGGUAAACCAGGGUUGCCGGGACCACAAGGGAGACCAGGAGGAGUCGGUGAGGGUGGGCCACAAGGAGAAAUGGGCCCCAGGGGUGAACUUGGGCCAUCUGGACAACCAGGACGUCAGGGUCCACCAGGACCACCUGGGCUACCUGGAAUAGGUAAACCGGGUGGACAGGGGUUGCCAGGGCAACCGGGCCCCAAAGGAGAGCCAGGACACAAAGGACUGCCAGGACUUCCAGGAUUACAAGGACCAAAGGGCGAUAAAGGAAUAGGACAGCCAGGACAGCCGGGUCACAAGGGUCUGCCGGGAGCCCCAGGCCCUGCUGGACCAAGAGGGCUACCUGGUUUUGGAAAACCAGGUUUGAAUGGAAUGCCAGGUCCACAAGGACCUCCAGGAGAUAAAGGACAUCCAGGACUAAAAGGACAUUCUGGGCCACCAGGUGAGGGAGGACCACCUGGCCCGCCAGGUCUUCCUGGCCAAGGAAAACCAGGUCAGAAUGGUCUUCCAGGACAGCCAGGCGUGCCAGGUGCAAAAGGCCAUCCAGGACCACCUGGUUUACCAGGAAAGCCAGGACUACCUGGCUUUGGUAAACCAGGCCUCCAAGGACCAAAGGGUGAUAAAGGUAUGAGCGGGCCACCAGGACUGCUAGGACCAAAGGGAGAUAAAGGCCAUCCAGGAUUGCCUGGUAUGACCGGAGCCCCUGGACCAAAUGGACAGCUAGGCCCUCCAGGACCCAAAGGGCCCGCAGGAGGUGUAGGCUUACCAGGUCCAAAAGGAGAAUGUGGAGAAGGAGGCCCAAAAGGGACUGAUGGAAUCCAAGGUAACCCUGGUGCUCCUGGAUUACCUGGGACCGAUGGUUUGCCUGGAGAAAGCGGAGAGCCAGGGCCAAGAGGUCCACCAGGACCAAAUGGCGCCAAAGGAGACAACGGUCACAAAGGUCUUCCUGGUCUGCCUGGACCCGCAGGAGUUCCUGGGCCUAAAGGACAAGGUGGAUUACCUGGUGAAAUGGGACCUCAAGGUCCUAAGGGAAUCCCCGGUAUGGAUGGUGUUGCAGGCCCAAUUGGGCCACCUGGUUUACCAGGGCCAAAAGGAGAUGGAGGUCUUCCUGGUCCACCCGGCAUUGCAGGUGAAGGCUUUCCAGGUGUUCCUGGUCCUGUUGGACCUCCGGGGAAAGACGGGUCGUCAGGACCGCAAGGAAAGAGUGGUCCACCUGGCCCUCCUGGACCCCCAGGCCCACCAGGAGAGCCUGGUGUGUCUCCAGACCUGGCAGGCGUGCUCUCUCAGAUGGGUCCUGGACUGGAUGGUGCUAAGGCUGGUGGCUAUGAGAAAAAGGGCAAAUAUGGAGGAAAUGGUGCAGAGGUCAUGGGAGCCAGCGGGCUGGAGAUGCCAGCAUUCACCGCUAUAGCAACCACUCCAUUCCCCCCUGUGGACACUCCGGUGGUCUUUGAGAAGCCUUUGUACAACGGUCGACAAAACUACGACCCCCAAACAGGAAUUUUUACCUGUGAAAUGCCCGGCAUUUAUUACUUUGCCUACCACGUCCAUUGCAAAGGAGCCAAUGUGUGGGUGGCCUUGAUGAGGAACAAUGAGCCAGUCAUGUAUACUUAUGAUGAGUACAAAAAGGGCUACCUAGACCAAGCAUCCGGAAGUGCAGUCUUACCUUUGCAGCCAGGAGACACUGUGUACAUUCAGCUGCCCUCAGACCAGGCCGCAGGACUUUAUGCUGGGCAGUACGUGCACUCGUCCUUUUCUGGCUAUCUGCUCUAUCCCCUGUAAGGAAGGACAUUUUGUCAAAUAGGGGAGGGGGGACGCUUUUUUGUGUGACCUGAAAUAUGAUCAUAAAUUACCAAGGGGACUUUCAAGAUGAAAGUCAACAAUCUGAGGACAGUUUGACCAACGAGAUAUAAUGCUCUGUAUGUACAACACAUAUGAUACCACAGAGCAGCUAAGCCCAUGUGCAAUUUUAGAUAAUGUAUGAAAGAAAGACGUCAGAGAACACCUGAAUGGUUUAGGGUGCAUUCACACUUGUUGUGUUUGGUUUGAUUAAAAUGAACUCUGGUGCAUUUGCUGUGCUCGUACGGUCUGUUUGGCCAAGUGGGAAUGCGAUCACCCUGGUUUGCACCGAACAGUCUGUGGAAGAGUCUCGGUCCACUUGCAACUGAACCCUUACGCUGUUCGAUUCACUUAGGCUCAAAUGUGUGCACCAAAACACGGAUCAGUGUUGACAUGACAGCAAAAAGCAUGCAGAAAUGACAAAUAUGUACGUAAGAGAAAAUGCAUUGAAAGUGCGGUCUCUCUGCGCUGCGCUCUCCCUCUGUGUGUGACAACGGCGCUCUUUAAAAGUAUACUUUAGAAACUUUUGGUGAAAUCUAGGCUGGUAAACACAGUGUAGCAGAAUAUAAACAUAACCUGCGUAAUCAACCGAGCGGACGCCAUUUUGGUUUGGAAUAUUAUAGUUAUGCUAUGUAACGUGUCACAAAAACUAUCCAAUCAAGUCCUUACUUUAUGCACAUGUUGUUUACUGCACAGCCGUGAACAAAAUACCAGGGUGAACACUCAGCAAACACCAACGUGCCGACCAAAGAUCUUUCUAAAAAUGAUUAUUAUUUUUGGUCUGGACGAGAGUACUGAACCACAAGUGUGAACACAGCCUUAUUGUUGAUGUCAUUCCAGGAAAGCCAGAUGAGUGCAAUUUGUUUGUAAAUUUCAAUAUGACGACGUGAAGGUAAAGUGUAUGCAAGGAAGAUGGAACAAAAGAAAAAGAAAAAAGUGGCAGCUACCCAAUGUGGCAAAAAAUGUGAAGUGCAGCCAAAAAACGUAAUUGAAUUAGACCAUCAUCACACAUGUAAAUUAUACAUAGUUUUGGCCUUCAUCAAUUAAGCCAUUGAGGCGUCAACUCCAGCAUUGUGACACAUUUCUAUAUAAAUAUAAGCAUAUGUAUUUAUCAGGCCUUUACAUCUAUGAGUAACAUUUGCAGAGUAUAAUGUCAAAUUAUUUUUGUUUUGCUUAUGCCUUCUUCUAUACUUGGGGUUCUUAACACAUUUGGUGAGAAAAAAAAGCAAAAUAACAUACCAAAGACAUAUGAUAAAUAAAUAAAUGACAAUUGUAUUUUAUAAUGCACACUGCACAAUCUUUUAUGAAGCAAUUGGUUGGAUUUGAUGAAUAGGAGUGACACGUGAAGAAAAGGAAAAUGGUGCUUGUUGUGAAUGUGUACAAAAGAAGACUUGUUUAGAUGAUAAGGGAAGUCACACAAAAAAGUCACUCAUUAUUUUAUUUUUAAACCCUUUCACAGUAUUUUUUUUUUUUUUUUACCAGAUAUAUGUGUAUUUUUUGUAUUUAUAUUAUUGCAAAUCUGAAGUUGUAAUAACAGUGAAAUAGGAGAAAUAAACAAAGUUCAACACAAUUUGGAUCAAAAAUGUUGAAAUGUCGGCUGUGUGCUUGUUUAACAUUGCAUCAAAUAUUGUCAGUAAUUUAUUAUUUUGUCCGGCGAUCGCCUACAUUAUCAUUGUCAAGUAGGGAAAAAACCUUUAAAGGAAAAUAGAAAUGUAUUUCUCCUUUCAAGUAUGGUGCUAAUGUUG